UAGAAGAGGAAGAGGAUUUUCGCUCUCUGCAAUACAAGCCAAGUUCAUGGUCUCCAAGCCCAAUAGAGAGGCAUGCACAAAAAAUUUAUACUAGAGCAAUGUUUAGGGUAUUCAAGGAUCAACUAAAAGAGAUAUUUUCAUAUUCUCUGAAUGAAAUGGAGCCUAAAGCAUUAUACAAACUAGUGCAAGUCCCAAACUCAGACAAACCAAUUGCUAGAAGAAGAACUUAUAUUGUUACCUUCCAAGCCCCUACGACAGUAUCUUGCAAUUGUAAAAUGUUCGAAUUUAGUGGAAUGGUGUGCUCGCAUGUGCUUAAGGUCCUUUUGCAUCUUGAUAUCUUGGAAAUACCCUCUGAAUAUAUUUUAAAGAGAUGGACAAAGUCAGCUAAGGAAGAAAGUUUUGAUACGCACACAUGUCUUAGCACUGAAUUGUCAAAUUCCUCCUCAAAGACUCUAAUGUUUAAUAGUUUGUCUCGAAAAAUAAUGAAAUUGGUCGUAGAAGGUUCCACAUCUAUUGAGUUGUAUAAUUUGGCAAAUAAAAAAAUAGAUCAAGUUAUGGGAGAAUUAGUAGCGACAAAAAAGCACUUAUUAGAGAAUAAAUCGGGGCAUGACGACAUGACACAAAUCCAAGGUUCUGCAUGUUCUCAAACACAAGAAAAUAUUAUUGAUAAUAAUUGUAUCGUGAGAGCUCCUCCUAUUUCAAAUUGCAAAGGAAAAAGAAAGAUGCAACGUUUCAAGCCUCCUUCAGAGUUGAAAGCUAAGAAGCAAAGGACUUGUGGGAAAUGUCAGGGGAAAGGCCACAAUAGUCGAACUUGCACGGCCCAAACAACAAGUCAUGUAGGAAGCAUCAAUGAGGAAGAAGAGGAAGAUCCGGAAGACCAAGAAGAAGAGGAUGAAGAUGUUGAAGAAUAUUACUACUAAUAACCUAUUCUAAUCUUUUUUUUUUUUUUGUUAAUGUUCUUUCGAAGCUCUCUAGAUAU